AUGGCUCACGAAGAAGAAGAAGAGGCUAAAAGGGUCGUCCAAUACCCAUUGGACUCACACUCCUAUGAGCUUCUUGAUGAAGCUGGUGUUGGUGCUAGCUCUUCUGUUUACAAGGCGGUCUGCCUGCGCAUGAACUCCACAGUGGUGGCAAUCAAAAUCAUCGAUCUUGAUCAAUCACGGCGGUGGCAAUCAAAGCCACCGCCUCUGUCCCACCCAAAUAUCCUCAGCGCUCACUGUUCCUUCCCAGUUGAUCAACGCGUUUGGGUGGUGAUGCCAUUCAUUUCCGCCGGUUCUUUGCAAUCCAUAAUGGCUUCUUCCUUCCCAGGCGGCCUACCCGAGCCUUGCAUAGCCAUAAUUCUCAAAGAUACUCUAACCGCCUUGUCCUAUCUUCACACCCAACAACACCUUCACAAAGACAUCAAUGGCGGUGAAAUCUUCAUCGACUCAAAUGGGUUGGUGAAGCUUGCAUACUUUGGAGUGUCACCAUCUAUCCUAGAGUCUUUGAUUUCAACUCCUCAAGCGGACGCUCCCUUUUGGCUGGCCCCAGAGGUGAUACACUCGGAACAGGGGUACGGGAUAAAGGCUGAUAUAUGGUCCAUUGGGAUCACUGCAUUAGAAUUGGCCCAUGGACGCCCUCCUCUGUCUCGCCCCCCUCGUUCAAAGCUCAAGAAUCUCUCCGAGCCUUUCAGAGACAUGCUGGGUUGGUGUCUCCGGCAAGACCCAUCAAAGAGGCCCUCGGCAGAGACAUUGUUGAAGCAUCGCUUCUUCAAGAAUUGCAAGGGUUCGGAUUUUCUUGUAGAGAAUGUCUUGCAGGGGCUGCCCAGUGUUGAAGAAAGGUUCAAGCGGUUGACGACAAACAACAAUGGCGAUGAUUCAUCUGUAAUAAUUGAAGACGAGGGAGAUGAGUCUGGCGAGUUAAUUCCGAGUUCACCUGGUCAGGUUGUGGAAGAGGCGGCCCAAGUGGGUCGUUAUAGUGGUGUGGCGGUGGGUCUGGUGGCAAUGAAGACGAGCUUGGAUGUGCAGAGGGCAUGGGUGAGCGAUCUGAUUGCUGAGUUACGUGGGGAGAAAGGUGGGGAGCUGAGCAACGAGGAGCAGAUGGCUCAGCUUAUUGAGUGGCAGAGGGCUGAGUUGGAGAAUGAGAGAAAGAAGAAGUCGAAGUUGGAGGUGGCGUUGAGUCUUCUCAAGCUUAAAAUUUCCGAUUCACAUGACACUGGUGCUAGUGCUGCUGAUUGA